AUGACACAAUUUCCCGGACUCGGGAGAGUAGUCUUGGUCAUCAUGGAAACGAUUUCACUUCAUCGCCAUGGGUCUAAGGCAUUCAUUUGGUAUCUGAACCUGUACCAACCAAGCUACAUGGCAGAUACUCUGCUCAGUGCUGACGAGACUACUUUGCCGGCUGCUAUUAUUCAUCCUCUGCCUGCCCCUAUUGCACUGUUCCACCCAAGCCACUAUCGUGACGUGGUCCAUUCAGACGUGUAG